CUGGGCUGCAUCUCUUCCCUUCCUCCUCCUCUUCUUCUCCUCCUCCUCCUUCUCCACCUGGGCUGCCGCUUCCUUGGCAAAAGCCCCUUCCCUUCAGCCUGCGCGGUGCAAAAAGGCAAAGGAGCAUGCAAGCAGCAGCAACAUCACCAGCAGCAGCAGACUCAAAAGCCCAAAGCCUGGCUGUCUAGGAAGGAAGCAGGGAUCCACCUCCUUCUCUUCUUCCCCCCUUCCUCCUCCUCCUCUUCUUCCAGAGGAGACGCCAAGAGGACGGGUUUAAAUAUGAAUGAAGACCCAACGGUUAAUUUAACAUGGCUGCCUCAGAAUCACUUGGAAGCCAGCUGGACAGAGAAUGUUUCAGCUGCAGUCACCUCCCUGAUUCCCAUCAAUGACCCAGAGCCAGAGUUCAUAGUAAACCCAUGGGAUAUUGUCUUGUGUACUUCAGGAACCCUUAUCUCCUGUGAGAAUGCGGUCGUGGUCCUUAUUAUCUUCCACAAUCCCAGUCUUCGUGCCCCAAUGUUCCUCCUGAUAGGCAGCCUGGCCUUGGCGGACCUCUUAGCCGGAAUUGGAUUGAUCUUCAAUUUCAUUUUUGCCUAUCUCCUCCAGUCGGAGUCUACCAAGCUGGUCACGGUUGGGCUCAUUGUUGCCUCUUUCACAGCCUCCAUCUGCAGUUUGCUGGCUAUCACUGUUGAUCGGUACCUCUCACUCUAUUAUGCUUUGACGUACAAUUCAGAGAGGACUGUCACUUUUACCUACGUCAUGCUUAUUUUGCUCUGGGGAGCCUCCAUCUGUAUCGGGCUGCUGCCUAUAAUGGGCUGGAAUUGCCUCCAAGACGAAUCCACCUGCAGUGUCAUCAGGCCACUCACAAAAAAUAAUGCGGCCGUCCUCUCUGUCUCUUUCUUGCUCAUGUUUGCUCUCAUGCUGCAGCUGUACAUUCAGAUCUGUAAAAUUGUGAUGCGACAUGCCCAUCAGAUUGCUUUGCAGCACCACUUCCUGGCUACUUCCCACUAUGUGACGACUCGGAAAGGAGUGUCAACUUUAGCCAUUAUCCUGGGAACCUUUGCUGCCUGCUGGAUGCCUUUCACACUUUAUUCCUUAAUAGCCGACUACACCUAUCCUUCUAUAUAUACCUACGCUACCCUCCUUCCAGCCACGUACAAUUCUAUUAUUAACCCUGUAAUAUAUGCUUUCCGGAAUCAAGAAAUACAGAAGGCGCUUUGGCUCAUCUGCUGUGGCUGCAUCCCUUCAAAUCUUUCUGCAAGAGCAAGAUCACCCAGUGAUGUUUGAUUAAAAGGGAGGAGAGUGUUGUCUGUUUAGCACUGGUAUUGUGUGACUGUGCUAUUUUCAUUCAUUGUACAUAACAGGUUUGCAUUCAAACCACAGGAGGUUUUGACCUUUUCAGAAAGCAAAAUCUGAUUGACCAAAAUAAACCACACAGUUGCAGUUUCAGAACCAUUCCUGAAAGGAAAAUGAUUUUCUGCCAAUCUGGAAGUGUUGCUUAGAUUCUGUUCUUUUUUGGCUUACACAACUGCUUCCAGGCCAUAUGCCAGUUCUUAAAAGGAAGUGGCAUCUCUGCCCAUCAGUGGAAUUUAUUUAUUAAUUUAUUUAUUGUUGCCUUUAUAGCUUACCUUUCUUCUUGUAAGCUCAAGGGAAUGGACAUAACUGUCUUCCUAUCACCAAGCCUUUGAAUUAGGUCAGAGAGACAGAGAGGGAAUCACUGGUCACCCAGUGAGUUUCAUAGCUCAGUGGGGGCUGGAACCCCCGGUGGGAUUUCCCAUGUCCCAGUCCAGCAUUAUACAGAUUAUACCACACUGGCUCCUAUGCCUGUGUAGAUGUGAUUUCUCUGUCUCAGCAAAUGGAGAUACAUUUACAUAUGAGAAACUUUGAUCUGAAGGCUGGAAUCCUGUUGGUUGGUCCCAACUAGAGAAGACCCAUUGAAUGAGUUGUUGAAUGAUGAGUCAAUAUAUAGAUAAGUCCAAUUGAUUCAAUGGACCUACUCUAGUCAGGGCUAACUAUAGGAUUUAAGCCAUAGGACGAGUGCCUGUGGAGCUCCAGAUCAAGAGCUAAUCCACAACCACAUUUGAAACUGUGCCAUUGACUUUAGCAAUAUUACUGCUAUUCCGAGGUAAAUGAGUUCUGAAUUUAUCCUAUGAGAGAGAGAAAGAUAGUGUUUCUGAUGUGUUUUAGCAAUCUGUAUCUUAAGAUUCCUAUUACAGGGUGCAAUUAUUUUGUCUGUUAUAAGUCACAAGAUGUAUGGCGCUAAUUAAAAGUGAGCCCUUUGCAAUAUGGUCUUGUGCACAAUUCAACAGAUGGCAGCUAGGUUUCCAUCGAGACUGCAGGGUUUGUGAGACUGUGCAACCUCAUCCUCACAGUUCAGUGUAGUUGGGCAUAACAUAGGCUAUGUAUAUUCCAUUGCAGGGGUAAGUAUAGAUGCACAGAUGCAUAAAACACUCAGGCUUGGUUUCUCAGAGCCUGAAGGAGACCAUUCAGAGUAGUUUGUUUAAAGUUGUAACCUUAGAAGUGGUCUUUAUACAUGGGAAUGAACAACCUGUCACCCUCCAUGUGCUGGAUUCAGUUUUCAGUCACCCCUGGCCCUUGGUCACACUUGCUCCAGCUCCUGGGAGUUGGAGUCCAAUAAAAUAUGAAGGGCCCCAGAUUGUCCAUUUCUGCUGUAACCAUAGGAAAAUAAAAAAUUCCCCAUAAAUUCUUGGAACAACAAAAAAUGAGCCUCUUUCUGUAAGUGUGACCAGCUGUGCUGCAUGUUUUUCCCCCACCUUUGCCAAAAGUAGUAUCCCUUUCAGACGUCAUAAAAAGAAUGAUCAAGAGCCAGAACUUGGUUUCUGUUAGUGUUAGCCAAAUGAAAACCUCACAGGAAUCUUUUAACCAUUCAGCUAAUUGUGUACUUUGGACUUUAUGAUUCUAUAUCCUAAGAAUGACUAAUUUGCAAUAAAUAAGAUCAUUCUGCAGUAAUAAACUUCAAAAUACUUUCAAAGAGGUUGGUCAGACAGUCUUGCAUUAGCUGCUUUUCCCACACACUUGGUGACUAACAAUUCCUUCUGGUUGUGUAGCUUGCCAAGCCCACUCCUCAAGCUGCCCUGUGAUGUUUAAACAAGGGUAGGCACACAGGUUGGCAAGGAAAGAAUGUGGGCUGUUAUUUUCUUUCUUUAAAAAGUGUUCAAGACUGCAAGAAUGAUUUUAACAAGCUUGUUCAAUUUAACAUUUAUCUCUAGUGUCAAUAUAGAACCGUGCAGUAAGAUCAUGCCAAUGCCAUUUGUGUGUGUUUACAAGGCAUUCUCUUUGUUUUGCUCUGACCUUCAGUUCUGAAGUCUGACAUUUUCAAGUUUUGGGGCACAUACAAUUGUAAUUCUAUAUAAUGGAAUAUGUUUUAUACUUUUCUAGUAAUUCCUCUACUGUUUCAAAGCACAAAUGUAGGCAUAGAAAUGUAUGCCUGUCGUUCAGUUACUCCUGUUGUUAAAGAUGGAUGUUGCUGUCACACAUAGUUACACCAGACAACACAGUUUAUUUCUGUAACUGACAGUGUUUAUGAAUUCACAUCUGGGGGGAAAAUGCAGGUUUUUUUAAAAAAGAAAGAAAUUCUAUAAAAGGUAACAUUUAAAGGACAUUCUUCUGUGAACUCUUUAAUGGAAAUGAUUUGUUCUGAUGAAAUAAGAAUGAGUUAUCUGAGACAAUGAAGGGAAUUGCUGGAUUCAGCAUCAGUCAUUGCUCUCACUACAUCAGCCUUCUCUAUUCCAUUUGCCAAACUGCAAAUCCAAAAGGAGCACAAACCUGGAAUUGUGGUAAACAGAGAAAUAUAGCAAUAGAGCUGAGAAUUUUGUGGCUUUCCAGACAUUGAAGUGCAAUUCCUAGCAACCCAGGCUAGCAUAGCCAAAUGGUGAGUGCUGGAAUUUACAGUCCUACAAUAUCUGAAGAGCUGAAUGAUUCCCAUCACAGCAUAGGAGCAUUUCUUUGGAGGCAGUAUGGUUGCCACAUCCAAUUUCUUGGUUUUGACUAUACCUUUAAGCUGCAAAGCAGACAGACAUUCAGCAAGAUGCAGCUUGUCCCAAGUUUGCAUCUCUAUGCAAGACAAAGAGUAUCUGCUGAAUUUCUGCCUAUUGGGCAGAUAUAUAAAGCACUAAAACCAUCUCAGGGAAAAGGUACCCUGCCCCCCCCCCCAAAAAAAAAUCAAAGAAAAAAAAUAAGAUAUCAAUGAAACUGUGAAAAAGAAAAGGUGGUAGUAUUAUUGAUAAAAGAUGAUAUAAUAACCAUUAAAUGUCAUUUAAUAACAAGUGCAACACCAUUGCAAAUGCUGAAUAUAUGUAGUCAUAGGCUAAAUGGGAAAUGCAGAAAGAAGAAUGGUUGAUAUGUUGUAAUAGUGGCAAAAUCUGUACACUAUAUCAUGUUUCGAUACUUCAGCAAAAUCAGCGAAAGCACAAAAUGUUAUUGGGACACAAGACAUAGUAGGCAGCUGAAAAUGGUCUCUUCUCUAUCUUUUGUUACUUACAGUGUCUUCUAAAGGAAUGUAAAUAUGGGAAACAUAAAGAAUAGUUAAUAAAAGUCUCACACAGUUUUCCCAGGAAUGUACAAACCAACCAAAUAUCUACCUGCAAUAAAUAAUUUUGAACAUCUUAAUCAGAAGAACAUUCUCAGAAGGGAAUAUUGUUGUGCCGUAACACAUACAAAACAAGGAAACACAUAAAAUAUAGGGAGGGAGGGGAAAUGGAUGAAAACAGUUUGGUCUUCCCUGUGUUUUGGACUUCAGUUCCUAAAAGCUCCAGUUAACGUGGCCAAUGGCAAGGUUUAUAGGAGCAGUAAUUUCAAAGCAGGAGAGUCAAAGUUUCCCUUUGCAAGCUUUAACCUGUUGUCUUCUAAGGUAAAAAGCAUCCCAAGCAAGCAAACAUGAAAUCUCCAAGAUGUACUGGCUCAAGACUGCUACUUUUGAUAUUUAAGAAAAGGUCUUUGUAUAUAGUAAUUAAGAUUGGCAGCCAGUACCAGACUUUUUUUUAUCAGUGGACAUUUACACAUGAAAAGAUCAGUUGAUCACAAAACAAAAAAAACAAAAAACAAAAACUCAAACGCUGAAGGCAUCACAUCUGGUCUCAUCUUAAUGCUAAGCAGGGUCAGACCUGAUGAAUGCUUGGAUGGAGAACUUCUAAGGAUCA